UGAUGCUCGUGCAGAGGACGGAGCCUCCGCAGUCUGCUCCGCGCGCCUCCGCAGCCCCUUCCCCGGGAUUCUACCUCCUGUCCCCGCUGUGGAGCCUCACUGAGAGCCGCCGGCACACGCCGCUAAAGACGAGGAUGCGACAGGUCAGAUUCGCUCCCUCGUGUUUCUCCUGAGCGAUGACGAUGGGCCGGAGGGAGACGUCAUGCUGGUGAGGCCAACCAGCCGCAGUCCAUCCCUGAAAACCCAGCGCGGAUACACCAACUGACACGACCAUGCCCCGUUUGCCCCCGUGAUUCGCCUCCCCUGACCUCCGCAGUUUCCCUCGGGCCCGAUCAACCCCUGUGAAGCCAGCAUGGCGACACCCUUUCUGUGGAAGCUGUCCUCCCAGAAGCUGGGCUUCUUCCUGGUCAGCUUCGGGUUCAUCUGGGGCAUGAUGCUGCUGCACUUCACCAUCCAGCAGCGAGCCAGCCACGAGAACAGCGCCGUGCUGCGGCAACAGAUCCUGGACCUGAGCAAGCGCUACAUCAAAGCUCUGGCUGAGGAGAACCAGAGCGUCAUGGACGGGCCCUAUGUCGGUACCAUGACCGCUUAUGACUUGAAGAAGACCCUAGCAGUGUUGCUGGAUAACAUCAUGCUGAGGCUGGGCAAGCUAGAGUCAAAGGUAGAGAUCAUCUACAACAGUACAGCGGGAAACCUGACCAGUAGCACCAGCACAGCCAUACCCAGUGCCACCAACUCUGAGAAGGUCAACGUGGCAGACCUCCUAAAUGGAGCCCAGGAGAAGUGUGAGCUGCCGCCCCUGGAUGGUUUCCCUCACUGCGAGGGCAAGGUCAAGUGGAUGAAGGACAUGUGGCACACAGACUCCUGCUACUCCAACUACGGCGUGGAUGGAUCCACCUGCUCCUACUUCAUCUACCUCAGUGAGGUGGAGAACUGGUGUCCUCGUCUGCCCUGGAGGACGAAGAUCCUGAAUGAAGAAAUCGACAGGAGGGGACAGGCCGAGUUCCGCACCAGUUUCCAGGAGCUUAACCGGGUGAUGUCACAACGGGAGGAGUUCCGCUGGAUGAUGCUGAGGAUCAAGCGCAUGGCUGAUCCGUGGGUCGCCGCCAUCCGCUCGCUGGCCUCCAAGCAGAACCUGGCCAAGCGUCGGAGGAAGAAGGUCUUGGUUCACCUGGGCCUCCUGACUAAAGAGUCUGGCUUCAAGAUCGCAGAGAACGCCUUCAGCGGCGGCCCACUGGGAGAACUGGUCCAGUGGAGUGACCUCAUCACCACGCUCUACCUGCUGGGCCACGACGUUCGCAUCUCAGCCUCCCUGGCCGAGCUCAAAGAGAUCAUGCGGAAGGUUAUGGGGAACAAGUCCAGUUGCCCGACGCAGGGCGACAAGGUGGUCGAGCUCAUCUACAUCGACAUCGUGGGACUGACCCAGUUCAAGAAGACACUGGGACCUUCCUGGGUCCACUACCAGUGCAUGCUGCGGGUGCUGGACUCGUUCGGGACGGAACCGGAGUUCAACCACGCCCACUACGCCCAGUCCAAGGGCCACAAGACGCCCUGGGGGAAGUGGAACCUCAACCCGCAGCAGUUCAACACCAUGUUCCCUCACACCCCAGACAACAGUUUCCUGGGCUUCGUGGUGGAGCAGCACCUCAACGCCAGCGACAUCAGGCACAUAGACGACGUCAAGAGGCAGAACCAGUCGCUCGUCUACGGAAAGGUCGACAACUUCUGGAAGGAUAAGAAGAAAUACCUGGACAUCAUCCACGGCUACAUGGAGGUUCACGGCACGGUGCACGGCACCAGCACGGUGCACCUGCCGAGCUACGUCAAGAACCACGGCAUACUGAGCGGCCGAGACCUGCAGUUCCUCCUCCGGGAAACCAAGUUGUUUGUGGGUCUGUCGUUCCCGUACGAGGGUCCCGCUCCGCUCGAGGCCAUCGCCAACGGCUGUGCCUUCCUCAACCCCAAGUUCAGCCCCCCGAAGAGCAGCAAGAACACCGACUUCUUUAAGGGCAAACCCACCAUGAGAGAGCUGACCUCCCAGCAUCCGUACGCCGAGGUGUACAUCGGGGAGCCCCACGUCUGGACCGUGGACAUCGACGACCCAGUGGAGGUGGAGAAGGCCAUCCGCUCCAUCCUCAGCCAGAAGAUCGAGCCCUACCUGCCCUACGAGUUCACCUGUGAGGGGAUGCUGCAGAGAGUCAACGCCUUCAUCGAGAACCAGGACUUCUGUCACGGGCAGGUGAUGUGGCCUCCGCUCAGCGCCCUGCAGGUCAAACAGGCCGAGCCCGGGCACACCUGUAAGCAGGUGUGUCAGGAGGAGCAGCUCAUCUGUGAGCCGUCCUUCUUCCAGCACCUCAACAAGGACAAGGACCUGGCCAGGUUUGGCGUGGACUGUCAGACGGUGGAGUCGAGCUCCGACACGUUGGUCCCGGCGUACAGCGACACGCGGCGUCACUGCAUCUUCCAAUCCGACCUGCUGCUGUUCAGCUGCGCCGGCGCCCACCAGACGCUGCGCCGCAUCUGCCCCUGCCGCGACUACAUGAAGGGCCAGGUGGCGCUGUGCAAAGACUGCCUAUAG